UCCGCCGGAUUUGGGCCUGCGGGCGCUGGGCGGCCGCCGUCCCGCUCCCCGCGGGCGAGCGCUGAGGGGCGGCGGGGCCGUUCGUGGGCCCGGCUUUAGCUCCCUGAAAUCACCGUCCUGCUGCAGUUGAAUUCGUAUCACAUAAGUGGAAGUGGCAUAGCAUCAUUGAAGACUGUAUAGCACAGCAAAGCAAGAGCAGUGUGGGCAGUACGUUCAGCUGAGUGCACGUGUCUUACUGGUUUAUAUUUGUGUCCAUCUGCAGUGUCUUAAAAAAAAAAAAAAAAAAGCGCUCUGUUUUGGGAAAUGUGCUGUGAUUUAAAAAGGAGGUUUUUGCUUCUCUAUGCAACACAAAAGGGGCAGGCAAAAGCCAUAGCUGAGGAAAUAUGGCAGCAAGCAGGUACCCAUGGACUUGAAGCUGAUAUGCACUGUAUAAGUGAAAUGGACAAGUAUAACCUGGAAACAGAAAAGGAUCCUGUAGUUAUUGUUAUUUCCACUACCGGUACUGGAGACCCACCAGACACUGCCCGCAAGUUCGUGAAGAAAAUUCAAGACAGGACCUUACCACCUGAUCAUUUCUCACACCUUCAGUAUGGAUUGCUAGGUCUGGGGGAUUCAGAGUACACGUUCUUUUGCAAUGGUGGAAAGACAGUAGACCAACGACUGCAAGAACUUGGUGCCCAGCACUUCUACGCCACAGGAUUAGCAGAUGACUGUGUAGGUUUGGAAGUAGUGGUUGAUCCUUGGAUUGAUGGACUUUGGCCUGCCCUCGAGGAGUCGUUUCUAUUGCAGAAAGAAGAAGCCAUGAGCAGUGUUGUCACUGCUGUUCCCAGCUCGCUCUCUGCAGCCCCGCAUCUUGUGCAGGAACUAAACUUAAGCUCAGAAGUACAGAACUUGAAACUAGAAGCUGAAGGAGUGAGGAGUUCUGGUGUUCUGUCACAAAAGUUGGUUGACAGCAAUCUUGUGGCUUCAGCUAGAGACACCGAACCUUCACUUGUUCAUUCUGUCCCUCCUGUCUCUCAGUCUGCUCUUAAUAUUCCUGCCUUGCCCCCAGAAUACAUAGAGGUGCAGUUUCAGGACACCCAUGGUGAGAAUCCACGUCUGUCCUCACUGAUUUCAGAGGGAAGAAUCUUUGAAGUGCCAGUUACAAAAGCAGUUCAGCUCACUAGAGAAGAUGCGAUAAAAACUGCAUUGCUCUUAGAACUUGAUAUUGCAGAUACAGUCUUUGACUACCAACCUGGAGACGCCUUCCAUGUAAUGUGUCCCAACAAUGUCAAUGAGGUAGAAGAACUCCUUCAAAUCUUGGGACUUUCUGAAAAAGGAGAGUACUUCGUUUGCAUAAAGGUUAAGCAGGGCACUAAAAAGAAAGGAGCAGCUCGUCCACAACAUAUCCCUGAAAGAAGCACUCUGAAGUUCAUCCUAACCUGGUGCCUGGAAAUAAGAGCAAUUCCCAAAAAGGCGUUUUUGCGAGCUCUGGUAGAAUGUACCAGUGAUGCGGGAGAAAAACGGAGGCUUCAAGAACUUUGCAGCAGACAAGGAGCCUCUGAUUACACACGCUUUAUUAGAGAUUCUCAUGUUUGCUUGCUGGAUUUACUUCAUGCUUUUCCAAGCUGCAAGCCUUCACUUAACCUGUUAAUUGAACACCUUCCUAAAUUACAAGCCAGAUCCUAUUCAGUGUCAAGUUCAAACUUAUACCAGCCAGGAAAACUGUGUUUUGUAUUUAAUAUUGUGGAGUUCCCUGCCUGUCCCGCUAGAGCAGUCUCGCGGAGGGGAGUGUGUACAGGGUGGCUUGCCGAGUUAGUUGCACCAAUACUGCACCCCAGUCAGAACACUCGGGAUACAAAAGGAGGAAGCUCUUCAGCUGCAAAGAUACCUAUUUUUGCUCAUCCAAACAAUACUUUCCACUUACCUGCAGACCCAUCUGUCCCGUUCAUGAUGGUUGGUCCAGGAACAGGAAUUUCACCAUUUAUUGGUUUCCUACAACAUAGGCAAAAGCUCAGAGAAGAACAUACAGACUGGGAAUUUGGAGAGACAUGGCUGUUUUUUGGUUGUCGGCAUCAGGAUCGAGACUAUUUGUUCAAAGAUGAGCUCAAACGUUUUCUUGAAAAUGGCACGCUAACUCAUCUUAAGGUUUGUUUCUCAAGAGACUCUUCAGCUGCAGAGGUAGCCCCACCUAAAUAUGUGCAAGAUGUCAUUAGGCUUUAUGCGGCGGAAGUUGCCAGAGUCCUGCUGAGAGAGAGGGGUUACUUCUAUGUGUGUGGAGAUAAGAAGCACAUGGCUGAUGGUGUAAGUGAUGCUGUAGUGGACAUUUUAAGCAUGGAAAUGGAAGCGGACAAAUUGGAAGGAAUGAAAAUUCUGGCCAUGCUUCGAGAAGCAAAACGAUAUUUGCAGGAUGUUUGGAGCUAAAUAUUUAGCUUUUCCUAUGCCUUUAACACAGAAGAUUUCGUUUCACACGUACGCAUUUGACAAAAAGCCCUUGUCAGAAGUGCUGUCUGUAGUCACCCAAACCUUCACUUUCUCUGCUGACCUUUCAGGCGGGCAUGUGAAGCCUUUUAAAGGACAGCAACCCAGGCUGCCAUUUGAAGUGUAUGGGUUUUAACGAGCCUACAUAAUGGACUGUCUCAGUGCCUUGAUUAUCUUAUUUCAAUAUUGGUUUAACGUAGAAAGUAAAGAUUUCUGCACUUGUACAGGUACAAUUGUAUGUAUACACUGCAUCAUGUAUGUUUUUCUACAAUGGUAUACAUAAAGAAACUACAGAGUAAAUAUGAUCCACACCAUGAAAUACA